AUGCCGGCUGUGUGUGAAGGCCCCAUGUGUCGGAACAGCAUGCCGCAACCGGCUGCCGGGUUGGCACCGCGUCCCGAAGCAGUGCGAGUCGACGCGUUGCUAAAGUUAUGCUUCCCUAAUAUGUUGAAGUACGCCCCCACUGAUGUGGUUAGCAAGGAGGAGUUGAAUGACCGGAAAAAUCGGUGUGGUACUGUUGUCGGAGACGAGCGUUUGCCAGAAACGCAUCGAGGCUCGCAGUCGGCGUUCAUGAAGUCAUAG